AUGAAAAGUCAUCUCAUGAAACCAAAUGUCAACAUAUUAGAAAUCAUUUUCCAUACGAUUCUGUCUGACGACAAGAUCCAGAAAAUGAGGAACUUAUUCACUGUUUUGCUUACACUUUCCAUUAGCGCUGACAUCAUGUGUGCCAUUGGCAGCAAUGUUACGGCUCAACACUACAUACUCUUACAUCUAUUUGGAUACAUUCACGACUUAGACCCGUAUUCGUUGAAUCAAUCGCCAAAGAAUUUGAUUUUUAAAGUACGAAGAAUAACUUAA